AUGUCUAAGAUCACAGUCGCCGGAGUGCGCCAGAACAUCGAGCAGCUGCUCAACUACUCUCAGAAUGAGAAGAAGAGGAACUUCCUCGAGACCGUCGAGCUUCAGAUCGGUCUGAAGAACUACGACCCCCAGCGUGACAAGCGUUUCUCUGGUACCAUCAAGCUGCCUACCGUUCCCCGUCCCAACAUGACCAUCUGUGUUCUUGGUGACCAGCACGAUCUCGACCGUGCCAAGCACCACGGCAUUGACGCCAUGUCCGCCGACGACCUGAAGAAGCUGAACAAGAACAAGAAGCUCAUCAAGAAGCUUGCUCGCAAGUACGAUGCUUUCCUUGCUUCCGACACCCUCAUCAAGCAGAUUCCCCGUCUCUUGGGUCCUGGUCUUUCCAAGGCCGGUAAAUUCCCUACCCCCGUCUCUCACGCCGAGGACAUGGCCAACAAGGUCAACGAGAUCAAGUCUACCAUCAAGUUCCAGCUUAAGAAGGUUCUCUGCCUCGGUGUUGCCGUCGGCAACGUUGGUAUGACUGAGGACGAGCUGGUCGCUAACACCAUGCUCGCCAUCAACUACCUUGUCUCCCUGCUUAAGAAGGGUUGGCAGAACGUUGGUAGCCUUGUCCUCAAGGCUACCAUGUCUCCCCCUAAGCGUCUGUACUAA